AUGUGUGAUUUGAACUGGUGUCCUGUUUGCGAAAAAGCCAUCUCAUGCGAAUCUGAUUCAUUGUAUUGCUCAGUCAAUUGCUUCUUGGUGGAUACAAAAAGUCAAAUAAAUCCAACCAAAUUCUUGUCGUUCCUCAAGCCAAAAUCAUUGUUGCGCAAAAAAAAGCAAGAAUCCAGCAGUACUCUGCCCCAGUUAUCCAAAUCCAUCUACACAUCUUCCUCAAUAUCCUCAUCAGAGUCUCUUUUUGGUUUUGAGGAUCCUAUGAAUGAUGAUCUGGAGCUGCCCGAAUGCUGCGAUUAUUGCGAUAGUGUUAAGAAUGUGCAACAGAACCAACAGCAACAGCAGAAACCAUUAACGAAUGACCAUGCACUAUACCCAAAUACUUCUUCUGCUGCUGCUAUUUCUAUACCCAUUCGCUGA